GAAAACUAAAUAUGAUUGACUCUCCUUUGUUAACCGAUAUGGAUUUAUUUAAAGAUUCUCGUCUAAUUACAGAUGCUCAGCAGUGGAAUCCUUACGACGAUAUGGGAGGAACUUGUGCUGCUAUCCGUGGUGAUGAUUGGGUUGUUUUCGGUAGUGAUACUCGUAUGCUUAUGUGGAAAAGUAUUUUGGCUAGAGACUGCGAGAAGAUACACGUUUUGGACAAUAACAUUCUUUUGGGUACUUGCGGUUUUUAUGGUGACGUUCUUCAAUUAAAAAAGCUUUUGCAGCUUCGUCAAAAUCAAUACAAAUUUAAUUAUCAACAUCAAAUGACUACUGAAAUGUUUGCGUCUAUGUUGUCUCGUAUUCUUUACAGUCGUCGCUUUUUUCCUUUUUAUACGGGAUGUAUUGCUGGGGGAAUUGAUACUAAAGGUAAAGGGGCGUUAUAUUCUUAUGAUCCAAUCGGGCAUUGGCGUCUAGCACAAACUUUCUGCACUGGUGCUGGCGGUACAAUUGUACAAUCAUUUUUUGAUAUUACUUUUCAACAAGAGACUAUCGACGAGGGGAAACGUAAACCUGUAACUGUUGAGGAUGCAAAAAAAUUGAUGAAAGACGCUUUUCGUUCGCUUGCUGAAAGAGAGACUUCUACUGGGGAUGGACUUAAAAUUGUUUGGUUAAAGGCUGGAGAUAAAGAGGCUCAUUCUGAAACUUGUGAUUUGCGUGGAGAUUGAGAGGAAAAAUUUUUUUAUUGGAAAAUUUUGAUUGAAACAAACUUUGACGUAUAUUUUUCUCUUUACAUUAUUUAAGGUUUUUUGUGUUCUAAGAAAUUAAAAUUUUUUGUUUUGUUUAUUUUUAUUAACUUAUUUUUCUUGAGACGGAUCUGGGGGGUUUUUUUAGUGUGCUAACAAAGACAAAACAGAACAACGGGUAUAAACGACAAAAUAGUACAGUAACUAAAAAAGACAAAAUGGUACAACGGCAAAAAACGACAUAAUGGAACACUAGCUAGAAAAAGUACCAUAAUCCUAUCAUUUCCGGGCAUACAUGCACAUUUUAAUUAACUAAACCGGAGCGUCACCUAAUUAACCAAGAAGGUUUUUAAUCAGAAAUCCUUAUAAUUAGUGCCACAGCCUUAUUAUUUGUAACCUUUUCUUAAGAAAACUUUAUCGGAAACUCUAAUUUAUUGCUUCCCUUCCCCCCUCUACACACACCCACUUAUUUAGUUUUUUUCUUCGAGAAUCUUCACUUCUAUGCAAAAAUCUUUUGACAAACAAGCAUUUUCUUAAUAAUAAUAAAAAGAUUGCCUGGAGGCAAAGACGGUUUU